GCACUCUGGAAAUCUACGCAUGCGCCUUGUUAUUACGGAAGUGACAAGAAAUGCUAUUCGUAGCGGUUUCUUGUUAGCUUGGCUACUAGUAAGAACAAAAUUCAUUUUUUGCUUCUCAAAUUAAGUCUGUACUUGAGCAGGGUUGUGGCAAACUAAAGCAGUUUAGGGCUCUGAAAUUACCAUGGCAGUGUCCUGUCUGUUGCUUUCUCUGCUGCUGCUACUGUGCGGAGCUGCCUCGCCCGUGGAGGUCCAGCGUCCCCGUGGUGUCCCUCUUUCAAAACGACAGUUUUAUGAAGAGGGCAAACCUUUUACAUGCUUGGAUGGAUCCCUCACUGUUCCCUUUGACAGAGUAAAUGAUGACUACUGUGAUUGCCAGGAUGGGUCUGAUGAGCCAGGCACUGCUGCUUGUCCCAAUGGCAGCUUCCAUUGCACUAAUGCAGGUUUUCGACCAGCAUUCAUCCCUUCUUCCCGCAUCAAUGAUGGAAUCUGUGACUGCUGUGAUACCACAGAUGAAUACAACAGUGGUGCUGCCUGUCAGAACACCUGCAGGGAGUUGGGCCGCAAAGAAAUAGAGAGUCUUCAAAAGAUGGCGGAAAUUGCAAAGGAGGGCUUUUUGCUCAAACAACAACUUAUCCACGAGGCUAAAAGUGGUCUAGAGGAGAAAAAGACCAAGCUUGGAGAAGUCCAAAGCAAUAGGAAGGAUCUGGAAGAGAAGGUGGAUGCUUUGAGAACUGUGAAAGAAAAGGCAGAGCAGCCAGAGAAUGAAGCUAAAGAACGCCACCUAAAGGCUUGGGAAGAUCAAAAAGCUGUCAUUCGUAUGGAGAAAGACAAAGCUCGCAUGUCUGGAGUGUUUCUUGAACUGGAUAAAGAUGGAGAUGGCUUCGUCACGGUGGAUGAACUCUUAACUCAUUCUGAGCUUGAUUCAGAUGGAGAUGGUACAUUCACAGAAACGGAAGCCCAGGGAUUGUUGGGCGGAGUAGACAAAGUUGAUGCAGCAUCGUUUGAGUCAGUUUGGAAUAAUAUCAAAGAGAAAUUUCAUUCUGAGUCACACACAGACACCCCGGCACCAGGGGAAACAUCUCAAGAAGAAGCAAAGGAACCAGCCUCUGAUAAUGACUCGGAGCUGUAUCCUGAUGAUGACAUUCCAGAGGACGAUGACGACGAGGAAGAUCCUGAUGACGAGGACCUUGAUGAUGGAGACUAUAAGGGCUCUGAUACGUUGCAGACUCGUGACAAGAAGGAAGAUGAAGAAGAUGCAAUGCCUCCAUAUGACCAAGAAACGCAGAGUCUCAUUGAUGCUGCCCAAAAAGCCAGGGAUGAGUUUAAUGAGGCUGAAAAGGCUCUUCGGGAGUUGGAUGAUCAAAUCAGAAACCUCGAGAAGGAAAUUUCUUUCGACUUUGGAGCGAGUGCCGAGUUUGCUUACCUCUACAGCCAGUGCUAUGAGCUGCAUACUGGAGAGUACAUCUACAAGCUCUGUCCAUUCAACAGAGUGUCUCAGAAACCUAAAUAUGGUGGAUCAGAAACUAACUUGGGAACCUGGGGAAAAUGGGCGGGUCCUGAAGAUAACGUCUAUUCUGUAAUGAAGUAUGAACAUGGAACUGGUUGCUGGCAAGGGCCAAACCGAUCCACCACUGUUAAGUUGACAUGUGGAAAAGAAACGGUGGUGACGUCCACCUCAGAGCCCAGCCGCUGUGAGUACCUGAUGGAGUUUAUUACUCCAGCCGUCUGCCAGGAGCCUCAGAAUGUGGAUGCAACUUUUCGCGGGCAUGAAGAACUCUAGAUCCUCAACAGCUGUUGCUGCGAGGGGACCACAGUUGGGGCAGCGAUCACGAUUUCUUUUAAGUUUGAUGAUGAAUUCCAUUGAAUAGUUAUCUGUAGAAUGACCAACACGUCAAGUUUCAUCUGAUCUUCCACUGCAAUGCUUCAUAGAGAUUUUAAAUGUCAUUCCAUUGUUUUGAAAUAAAGUUGUUUCUCAUAACCUAAA